CGGCAAACCCCCCGCCAGAAGUCUGGAGGCUGCAGUCGCCUGGACAACUGACCUGCUGUUGGGCUCCUCUCCCUAACUAGUCCCGUUCUACCCGCUGCAUAUUAUUGAAAUCCUUCUCUUAUUCCGCUACAGAACAUCUUGGAGCCGUAAACCAGAGAGGGGAGGGGCGAAUUCAGCCUUCCAGACAUGGCAUCACAACCUGGUGAUGGCGAGGGGUCCGCGAAGCCAGGCGCUGCUCGCCUGGCCCUCGUCAUGAUCGGUAUCUGUCUAGCCGUGCUUCUCACCGGCAUGGAUCAAACCAUCCUCGCGACCGCCACUCCUGUCAUCAGCAACGAGUUCAACACGUCCCAGGACUUCGGCUGGUGGUCCAACGCCUACUUUCUCACCCUGAGCAGCUUCCAGCUGUUUUACGGCAAACUGUACUCGCUAUUCCCCGUGAAAUUUAUAUACCUCAUCGCCAUCGUCCUGUUCGAGGUGGGAUCGUUGGUCUGCACUACGGCUCCGAAUGCGAACGCGCUAGUAGCGGGCCGGGCGGUCGCCGGCCUGGGAGCCUCCGGCAUCUUUUCAGGCAGUGUUCUGAUACUAGCAAAGUUGGUUCCGCUGGCCCAGCGCGCCGCUUACUUGGGCAUUAUGUCGGCUGUAUUCGGGCUAGCUGCUAUCGUCGGCCCGUUUCUCGGCGCGGCUUUGAUUCAGUCUUCGACAUGGAGAUGGUGUUUCGGCAUCAACUUGCCCUUGGGUGCCGUGACCGUCGUCUUGUGCACCAUCUUGGUUAAGGCCUCCGGGGACGGCCAACGCCUGACUGCCGCUCAGAAGAUAAUGGACCUCGAUCUCCCCGGGACAGUGUGCAUGGUGGCGUCGGUGGUAUGUCUACUGCUGGCUCUACAAUGGGGCGGUUCCAUGUACCCCUGGAACAACGGGCGGAUCAUCGCGCUGUUUGUUAUAUCGGGCGUCCUAGCUAUCUCUUUUGUAGUUAUCCAAAAGACGACUUGGAGCGGGACGGCGAACACCAUCCCGCGCAGCAUCGCCCGGAAUCGCGACAUUUGGCUUUCUUCGAUCUAUUCCAUGACUAUGACGGGAGGCGUUUACGUUGCCAUCCUGUACUUGCCGAUCUGGUUCCAGGACAUACGCGGCCACUCGCCACUCUCAUCCGGUGUGCUACUGACACCCAUAAUUGCCGGCUACGUUGUGUCUUCUAUCGUUGCGGGUGGAAUCACCAGCGGCACGGGAUACUAUAAUCCCGCUAUGAUUCUCGGUACCGCGCUCACGGUAGCUGGAUCUGCCCUACUUACCACCAUCAAUCUACAGACAUCUACCGCUCGUAUCGUCGGAUACCAGCUCGUAUACGGAUUCGGCGUCGGCAUGGGCUUCGGCCAGCCGAGUUACGUUGUCCAGACACUCCUGCCCACCGACGAUGUGCCUAUCGGCGUAACGCUCAUCACGCUCGUCCAGAACCUUAGCGCGUCCGUCUUCGUCGCCGUCGCGCAGACCAUAUUCAACGGCGAGAUGCGCACCCACCUCGCGCCGCUCGUCCCCGCCGAGGAUGCGUCCGACAUCCUAGGCAACGGCCUAGCCAGAAUCCUGGAGGCGCUGCCGUCUGACAGGCGAGAGCAGGCCUUGCGCGCGAUUAGCACGUCGAUUAUCAAGACGUUCUAUGUAUCGUUGGCGAUGAGCGCGUUGUCGGUGGUGGGCGUGGGUGUGAGGUGGACCUCCAUGAAGAAGGACAGCGCAGUCGAGAAAUCCGAGGUGGAAGUUGCAGACGAUCAUCAGGCUCUGCCGGAGAAGCGGCAUGACGCGACUGAUCAGGAGCAUGAAGCCAAGACGGGCGCCAGCGAGGUUACGCAACAAGCCCAGUGACCUGUCUCGCUCUUACUCCCUAUCAAACAUCCACUGUCUAUCGCGCUCAUAAUUUCUUCACUGUUAUGCUAAGGGUAUAACUAGUCAGCUCCGUUAUUGUACGGGGUAGUGAUGACCCCUUUUCUCCCACUGGAGACCCCAGUACCUAAUAUGCAUAGAACCUUAAAAGACCGGCAGCCGAAAAGGGGAGCCAUGUAAGACGAGAGGGGUGCCAAGUCUUAUUCCCUUAAUCGGAGACCCCCAUAGCAUGCGGAAGAGCAAUGGGAGUAGUACUUGUAUUUAAUAAGUCCGAUGGGAAUGUUUCGAUUAGGUUAGUCUACAUAUGGCCUUCAG